AUGACUGCUGCAGGCUCCUUCAUCAGAUGGGGUCUCAUCCUCCCCCUCAUAGUCGUCGCCUUUGCAGUCGCAUACCGCCUUCAACAGCCACUCAUAGCUUCAGAAGCAGAAACCCCGGUUACAUACUGCUACAAAUCUGUUCGAACACAUGAUUCGGAGCAGACUGAGGCUCAGUGCUUCACUGUUGUCAAUGGAGUCUUUACUGCUGUCGGCCCAAGCGAUGCUGAUCAUACAACAGUGGAUGGCCAUGUAAUUCCAGGACUUUGGGAUGGACAUGGCCACCUGCUUCAGUAUGGGGAGUUCCUUCUUUCUGUUGAUUUAUUUGGGGCUCAGUCUCUGGAGGAAGUGCGGACUAGGAUCAAGAGCUAUAUCUCCGAAAACCCGGGAGCUGGUUCCAAGGAUAAUUGGGUUCGCGGUGUUGGAUGGGACCAGACAUUCUUUGGUCGGAUGCCAACUGCUGACGAUAUUACCCAAGACCCAGAGCUAAGAAACGUCUACAUCAUGCUCGACCGCAUCGAUGUCCACUGCACCUGGGUCUCGCAGCCUGUUCUGAACCUUCUCCCAGCAGACCUCCCAGAGGUAAUCCCAGGGGGUGAAAUAAUCCGAGAACCUGGACUUGGCGUCUUUUGUGACAAUGCCAUGGACUUAGUGACGUCAAUUUGGCCCCAGCCAGGUCGGGACUUCAAAGCUCGCACAAUUAGAACUGCUAUGAAGAAGCUCAAUGAGGUUGGCCUUGUGGGCAUGCAUGAUGCUGGAUCGACGCCUGAAACUCUGACAAUGUACAACGAACUGUCGUCCAGUGAUGACUGGACUCUUCGUGUGUACGCCAUGUUGGAAUGCCCCCAGCGUAACUCAUACUGCCGAGACGAGGCUGUCAAGUUUGCUCGAGAUGAUGACCGUUUUGCGGUUCAAAGCGUCAAAUUGUUUGCAGAAGACGGGGCGUUGGGUAGCUGGGGAAGUGCACUUCUUGACCCCUACUCGGACCAUCCUUGGACGUCAGGUUCGCUUCUUAUCAAUGCCUCUGCCCUCGCCGACGUGACUCAGCGCUGGGCUGCGGAUGGCUAUCAGGUCAACAUCCAUGCCAUCGGCGACCUUGCAAACCGCAAUGCCGUUGACGCUCUCGAGGCAGCUCUUGUUCGGCAGUGUCUCAAUGAGGCCACUGCCCAAGGCGCUUCUCCCUCGACACCUGGCCAAUCGUCACAUGACUCCCAAGAUCAGAUUGAAGCUCGUGCCGCUUGCCAGUCCCGGCAUCGCUUCCGUAUUGAGCAUGCACAGAUUAUCCACCCGGAUGACCAAAAACGUAUUCUCUCCCUUGGAAUCAUCCCCUCUAUCCAACCCACGCAUGCAACAUCGGAUAUGAAGUACGCGCAAUCUCGUCUGGGCAAAGACCGCAUCUCAUCCUCCGCCUACCGGAUGCGUUCUCUUCUUCCUGCCCGCCCUGUCCUGGGCAGUGAUUUCCCUGUCGAACCCCCAAAUCCAUUCCAAGGCAUUUAUGCCGCCGUAGCACGUCGUAGUCCCCAUACCGGUCGUGGAACCGACGGCAGUCCUGAUGGCUGGCACACAGACGAAGCUUUGAGCUUGGAUGAAGCCAUGUGGGGGUUCACUGGAGCUCCUGCUUAUGGCGCCUUUCUUGAUGGCCGUGCUGGCGUGAUUCGUGAGGGCGCUUUGGCUGACUGGGUUGUUCUUGACAAACCUAUAGAAUCUUAUGAUAUUGAAGAGCUGCGGACACUGAGAGUGAAAGAGACCUGGGUAGCCGGAAAGAGAGUGUACAGCCGAUCUGAUGAUGACUGA